AUGACCGGCACGCUGCGUAGUAUCCCGCUGAUCUGGAAGUUCCCCAAGCGUAACAUCUUCGAGUGCAUGAUCCUGCACUAUCUGUUCCUCAAAGUGAACGGGUACGCGUGCUUCUCGAUCUCCGGCGAGCUCGAGUCGGGGAAAACCCGCACCACCGCCGUUGACCGGGCCUGGUUUCUGGUCUGUCUGGCGGUGGUCGUAACGCUGUGGACGAUUAAUAUCACGGUUGUGGAACGUCCGGUGGACGUUUCCCCCCUGCUCUCGAUCGGUAGCCGGCUGAUGUGGUUCACGUGCUACUUGACGGUGCUGUUCGGGAUCGUGUGGAACUUCCUGUACCGGGACAAGGUUUGGUCGCUGUACGUGAACGUGUUCAAGGUGGAUCAACAGCUCCUUGCCCUGGGAGCUAACAUGUACUACACGGAGAUGUACCUGGCCAUGAUUGGAUUCUCGCUGGUGUCGUUCGUGUUCAUGGGCGUUCUGAACAUUGGUCACGUCCUGGACGUGGGAUUUGAGCUGUGGGAGUUCAGUACGUUUCUAUAUUCAAACGCAAGCCUGAUGAUGCUGGUAACGAUCUACUCGAUCGCCGGAAGUCUCGUGUGGUUGCGGCUGUGGGCUCUCAACUCGGUGAUGGAAAGAGACAUCCAAGGUAGCGGAAAUCCGAAGAUUAUCCAGGUGAGGGGCAAGGACUUUGUCCAAACAGUUCGUCAAUACAUGCAGAUCUACGACCAGCUGUGUGACUUGACCGAAACGGUUAAUUUCUGUUACAGCAUGCAGGUCAUGAUCACCGUAGCGGGAUCGUUCGUCUACCUGCUAUUUUUCGCCUUCGGCGUGAUCCUGUUCAUCAAGGAGAACAACUCGGUGUUUGACUUUUCCACCGCGUCGCUGGUUUGGAGCGUUUUUUACAUCAUGAGCAUUCUGCUGAUAGUGGCGGUCGGCAGCACCGUUAGACACCUGGGCAGGAACACGGCCAAAUUGAUUGACCGGGCCAUCGAUUCGAGCACCGACGCGGAAAUAAUCGAGAUGCUGAGCCUGUUUUUAAUGCAACUGGGCCAUAGAUCACCGACAUUAACAUGCGGAUUGUUUCCGUUCGAUUGGAGUCUCGUUUACUCGAUAUUGGCCACAUCAACAACGUAUUUAAUCAUUUUGGUGCAGUUUGAAAAUUCACGUUCAAAUGAGUAA